AUGUAUCGAGUGCUAAAAUCAAUUAGCAUACUCUUUAAGUUCGCUUUGUUGUUGUUGUUGUGGCGGCUUUUGUUUCGCAAGGCAGUCGCUACAACCAACCAAAUACUGAAUGAAAGCAUUGUCUUCACCACCGCACAGCUAGAGGCCUUUAAGAAUUUUGAUCAUGAUGAGCAACUACAGCCACUACAGCCACACAAGCCACAACAACAGCAUCGAUCCAUAUCACAGAUAACCGGACGUAGUUUCCUCUGUCUGCCCUUCUUUCGUGUGUUCAACCUGGAGCUGCCCGAUGGGGGCCCACAACUGGCAGCGGAUGAGACAAUCGCUGUCAGUGGAGAUCAUUAUGCCCUGGGUGCCUGGAGCAUUGCCAAAGCGGUGCCAUUGCGUGCCCAGAACAAGCAGCGAAACAAGUGGUUUCUCCGCCAGUAUAUCUGUGCCAGUCAUCGUGUCUACUAUCGUUAUCUCAUCUAUGCUGUGGAUGCGGACGGUGUGCGUGUUCUGCGUCGCUGGGAGGGUCAGCAAGUGCCACGCAUGCUGCAAACCUUUGAGAUCUAUCGCCCGCCGGGUUUGGACAUAUUUGGUCAGGCCUAUUCCCGAUCCGUGGGCGGUGGACUUUGGUUGGAACGUGGCUGGCUGCAGCGGCAAUAUGUGAUUGAGUUGAAGUUCAUUUGGGAGCGACAUUUGGAGCUAUUUGAUGAAAGUGUGGGCCAUAAGCUGCGACUUAAGCUCAGAGCUCUGAGCAUGACGGACAAUGCCCUGAUAGAGGUCUCCCGCUAUGGCUACAAUCGAUCCUCGUUCCGGGCGCAGGGUCGUCGAGGCGUUAAGUAUGAGGAUGGUGACAUUGUCAUCUUUCGCAUUAGUCAAGCCCUGGAUGUGGAGAAUGCAUUUCGUCUGUCCAUUUAUGAGCUGGACAAUGCGCAGAUGUCCCUGGCAGAGGUUUAUAUAAGGCCCGACCAGCUGCGCGGCAGUCGCGGCAUUAUCCAGCUGCCCAUAAGGGAUCCAAUGAAUCGGCGGGUCAUCGGUCAGCUAACGUUGCCUUAUUUGAUUAUACAGCCGAUGGCGACAGCAGCAAAAGCAGCCAGCAAUUUGCGAGUGAGUUUUCAACGCUAUUGGCCCAACAAUUGGCCAACUUUGGAUGUGGGCAAUCGUGGCCUGGGCACCAGUUAUUACCAAGCCAGCAACCCGUUGGUGGAGAACACCAUCGAGAGCUUUCUGGCGGUGCCGCAGCAUAAAGGUGAUAUGGUGCAUCUGGAUGUGCAAUUGACCAGAGAUUUUGUGCCGAUCAUUUGGCGUGCCUUCGGUUUUUAUACGACCAAUCAGCCCAGCACACAGCCAAUUGUGGAUCGCUUUGAUCUGCGCUAUGUGCUCAUCCGGCAGCUCAGCUAUGCGGAGCUGAAGGCCAGUCGUGUCUUCAUGCUGAGACGUUGGAUGGUGCAGGAAUUUACUCAUCUGAAUGUGCGCAAUGUGAGCCAACAGCAGCGACUCUUUCCCAAAUUGUCCGAGGUCUACGAGUCGCUGCCCAAAACACUGGGCCUUAUUGUGGAGAUUAAGUGGCCGCAGUUGAUGGCUUCCGGUGUGCUGGAGUCGACGCAAGGGCUCAACAAGAAUGCCUAUGUGGAUAGUAUUAUUGAGGUGACGGCACAUUUUGGUUGCGGUCGUCCUCUGAUCUUUGCCAGCUUCGAUGCCGAUAUUUGCACCAUGCUGCGCCUCAAGCAGACCGCCUUUCCCAGCAUCCUCAUGAGCACGGGCCGAACGAACAUUUGGGAUGCCUACAUGGACCUGAGAACGCAGACUUUUGUUCAAGCUAUCAAUUUUGCGGAAAGUGCUGAAAUUCUCGGUACGGCGCCGCAUGUGCUAAACUUUCAACCGAAGCAGCAGCAGGUGAAUUUAGGCCUGGAUCUGCUCCAAGUGGUCUUCAUUUGGGGCAGCGAUCUGCGAGAUGAGCAACUCUUGGAGCAAUUUCGUGCCAUCGAUGUGAGUGGUUUGAUCUACGAUCGCAUGGAUCUUGUGGGUCCCGCCAGUUGGAAGCGAUCACCCUUCUUUCAGGCACCUCAGCUAAUGGAGGUGUUUGGGGCACAGUGUGUGGCCAUUGGAAACUCGACAACGGUGCCGGGCGCCAGACCCACAAAGCCGACGGUUUGGCCAAAAAUGCGUUAGCC